AUGGGCUCCAAUAUUGUUGUUUUUUUGUCCGCAACUCUCCUGGUGUUCUUCUUGUGGAGUGUUGGAGCAGACAAAGACAUCAAUGGGAUCACUCUUAGAGGCAGAUCUUUAGAGUCAAAGAAGGUGUUCAAUGUGCGUAGAUAUGGGGCUCAUGGCGAUGGACGCCAUGACGACACAAGGUCAAUUGCAAAAACCUGGGCUGCCGCAUGCUCCUCUUCGCAAUCUGCGGUCGUGCUCAUUCCCAGGGGCAAGAGACACCUCAUCAAUCAUGUAACCUUGUCUGGUCCAUGCAAAUCUAGCAUCAUGUUAAUGAUCGAAGGAACUUUGAUGGCUCCUCCAAAGGGGUCACAUUGGAGCAAGAAGACCAACAGGCACUGGAUUAUGUUCAAUGAUGUCGACGGACUAACCAUCGCAGGUGGCGGGACCAUCGAUGGAAAUGGCAAGAUUUGGUGGCAAAAUUCAUGUAAAACUAAUUCAAGACCUCCAUGCAAACAAGCUCCAACGGCCCUGACAUUCUACUCCUGCAAAAACCUCAAACUGGAAAACUUGAAGCUAGUGAAUAGCCAGCAAAUCCACAUGUCAGUAGAGGAUUGCAGCCACGUCAAAAUAGCCCGCCUGUCAAUCACAGCACCAGGCACCAGCCCGAACACCGAUGGCAUCCACAUCACCCGCAGCAAGCAUGUUCAAGUCAGAGACUGCACCAUCAAGACCGGAGACGACUGCAUGUCCAUCGAGGACGGGACCGAGAACCUCCAUGCCAGCAACAUCGUGUGCGGACCGGGGCACGGGAUCAGCAUCGGCAGCCUAGGCGACCGCGGCUCCAGAGCUCAUGUCGUCAACGUCACGGUGGACACGGCGUGGCUAUAUGGCACGGCGAACGGAGCUCGCAUCAAGACGUGGCAAGGGGGCAGGGGCUACGCGAAGAACAUCGUCUUCGAGAACAUGGUCAUGGGUGAUGUCCGGAACCCGAUCGUCAUCGACCAAAACUACUGCGAUUCAGCCACACCAUGCAGGAAACAGAAAUCAGCAGUAGAGGUGAGCAAUGUUCUGUUCAAGAACAUCAGAGGCACAAGUGCAUCAAAAGAAGCCAUUAAGCUGAGAUGCAGCACAAGUGUGCCUUGCCACGGCAUAACAUUGGAGAACGUCAAGCUGACUCUCAAGGGAGGCGAUGGUGUUGCCAAGAGCACCUGUGAGAAUGCAAAAUGGAGGAAAUCGGGGACUGUCACUCCACAGCCAUGUACUAUAGGCAAUUGAUCAAAUAGAAACUACAUACAUACUCCCUCCGUUCUAAACUACAAGUUAUUCCAACUUUCUUGGA